UCCUCCAAACUCAGUGGAGAACAGAGCUAGCUCUAGAUUCACGGGCGUUGUCUGCUUGGUCCCUUUUCCUUGUGACUCCUACGGACACGAUCAUGCCGCGAGAGGAGGAAGAAACGCGACGGAGUUCUGUGCUGUAUAAACUCUAGAAAUCUCUUGCCCAUUGUCUAUCAGACGGCUGACAAACCCUAGAAAUCACAGUUCCAAAAUACGGUUUCAAGAAGCUUGAUGUUGAGAAGCUGACCGUGAGUCUACCUUCGCGCGCUUAUGCAGCGUGCAUGUGCUUGUUUAUUUCGCUUUUCUUCCCAUGGAAACUCGACUAAAAUGUUUCUGAUUUGAGUCUAAUGGGGGCUUCAGAUGUAAAGGAAGAUUUGGGCAUGAGUAGUAAGGGCAUGAGUAGCAAGAGUGGAAAAUUACCCAAUGGGGUGGAAAUGGACACAGAUGAAGAUGAAGAAGUUGAUUUUGUCGGAGUACAUGAAUUAGGUGAAGAGUUUUUGAAGAAUUUUUGUCGAAAGGCAUCAUCAGUGUUCUUCCGGGAAUAUGGUCUGAUCAGUCAUCAGAUAAACUCUUACAAUGACUUCAUAAAUAAUGGUAUUCAAAAUGUAUUUGAUUCCAUUGGGGAGAUUAGGGUUGAACCUGGCUAUGACCCGUCAAAGAAGGGAGAAAAUGAGUGGCGUUAUGCCUCUGUGAAGUUUGGAAAGGUCACUCUUGAGCGACCGAGAUUUUGGGCUGGUCAGAAGUUUGUUGAUAGUGAUAGGGAGUAUCUGAAUUUAUUGCCGAGGCAUGCUAGGCUUCAAAACAUGUCAUACUCUUCCCGGAUGAAAGUGCAAAUCCAUGUUCAGGUAUACACUAAGAAGCUUGUAAUGAGUGACAAAUUUAAAACUGGCAAGGAACAAUAUCUUGACAAUGACGUUUUAAGUGAAGAUAACCGGGAUGUGAUAAUUGGGAGGAUUCCUGUGAUGGUGAAAUCUGAGCUGUGCUGGAUGAAUGGGAUUGAGAAAGGUGAUUGUGAUUUUGAUCAUGGAGGCUAUUUCUUAAUCAAAGGCGCUGAGAAGACUUUCAUUGCACAAGAGCAGGUUUGCUUGAAGAGACUCUGGGUUUCUAGUAAGCCAAAUUGGAUGGUUGCAUACCGUCCAACUGCAAAGAGGAAAAGAGUGUACAUUAAACUGGUGGAGGCUCCUAAAGUUGAAAAUAUUAGAGGUGGUGAAAAAAUUCUCAAUGUCUACUUCUCAUCAGUAGAGAUUCCUGUUUGGAUAUUAUUUUUUUUCCUUGGUGUGAAAUCUGAUAAAGAAGCUGUUGAUUUGAUUGACUUGGGCUUUGAUGAUGCAAGAGUUUCUAAUAUACUCAUUGCAUCCAUUCAUGAAGCUGACAAGAAAUGUGAAGACUUUCGCAAGGGAGGGAGAGCUUCUAAUUUUUUAGAUAAGCUUCUUAAGAGUUGCAAAUUUCCACCUGCAGAAUCUGCCGAAGAGUGUGUUAGCAAGUAUUUAUUUUCCACCCUUACAGGCUCAAAACAAAAGGCCCGUUUUCUUGGUUAUAUGAUAAAGUGUCUUUUGCUGGCCUACUCUGGACGUCGGAAAUGUGAUAACAGGGAUGAUUUUAGAAACAAGAGGUUAGACUUGGCCGGUGAGCUGCUUGAACGAGAGCUGAGAGUGCAUGUUAGAAAUGCUUUGAGGCGCAUGUCGAGAGCUAUGCAGAGAGAUCUAUAUGGAGAUCGUAGUCUGCAAUUUAUUGAACAGUAUCUGGAUGCUUCAAUUAUCACUAAUGGUCUUUCUAGGGCAUUCUCGACUGGAGCAUGGUCUCAUCCCUAUAAGAUAAAUGAAAGGAUGUCUGGUGUAGUGGCAACACUUAGGCGAACAAAUCCAUUGCAGACAACAGCUGAUAUGAGGAAGACACGCCAGCAGGUCCAAUACUCGGGGAAGGUGGGCGAUGCCAGAUACCCGCACCCUUCGCACUGGGGGAAGAUUUGCUUUCUCUCAACGCCAGAUGGUGAAAACUGUGGGCUUGUAAAAAAUUUGGCUAUCACGGGACUGGUUUCCACAAAUUUAAUGGAACCUCUGGUUGACAAAUUGUUUGAUUGUGGGAUGGAGGAACUAGUAGAUGAUACUUCAAGUUCAUUGCAUGGAAAGGUUAAAGUUUUUCUUAACGGGGAUUGGGUUGGACUUUGUGAGGAUUCUUCUUCAUUUGUCACGGAGCUGAGAAAAAUGAGACGCAGAAAGGAACUGCCACACCAGGUGGAGAUCAAAAGAGAUGAACAGCAACAAGAAGUACGCAUAUUCUCUGAUGCAGGUAGGAUUCUACGUCCUCUUUUAGUUGUUGAGAAUUUAAAGAAGAUUAAGGCACUUAAAGGGGACAGUUACUCCUUUCAUUAUCUUUUGGAUAAGGGAAUUGUCGAACUAAUUGGAGUUGAGGAAGAAGAAGAUUGCUCCACUGCCUGGCACAUCAAACAUCUUUUACGGGGUGAAAUGGAGAAUCCUUCUGUUAAAUAUUCACACUGUGAACUUGAUAUGUCUUAUCUGUUAGGUUUAAGUUGUGGGAUUAUUCCUUUUGCAAAUCAUGACCAUGCAAGGAGGGUUCUUUACGAAUCUGAGAAGCAUUCUCAACAGGCAAUUGGUUAUUCCACAACAAACCCUAACAUUAGAAUAGAUACCCUUGCUCACCAGCUCUAUUAUCCCCAAAGGCCACUUUUUCGUACAAUGGUUUCUGAUUGUCUUGGAAAACCGGGGCAUUCACUCAGCUACAGUGAGCCUCUGCCGAGGCCUGAAUACUUCAAUGGCCAGAAUGCUAUUGUUGCAGUCAAUGUUCAUCUGGGGUUCAAUCAAGAGGAUUCCUUGGUAAUGAACCGGGCUUCAUUAGAGCGUGGUAUGUUUCGAUCAGAGCACAUCAGAAGUUACAAAGCUGAGGUUGAUAAUAAUGAAGUGGACAAGAAACGGAAGUCUGAAGACUGCGUGAAUUUUGGAAAAAUUCAAAGUAAAAUUGGGCGUGUUGACAGCCUUGACGAUGAUGGUUUUCCGUUCAUUGGUGCAAACCUUCAGAAUGGUGAUAUUGUUAUUGGGAGGUGUACGGAAUCUGGGGCUGAUCACAGUAUAAAACUGAAGCACACAGAGAGGGGCAUGGUUCAAAAAGUUGUCCUGUCUGCAAAUGAUGAGGGAAAGAACUUUGCAGCAGUAUCUCUGAGACAGGUUCGUACUCCAUGUCUUGGAGACAAAUUCUCUAGCAUGCAUGGUCAAAAAGGUGUUCUGGGUUUUCUGGAAUCUCAAGAGAACUUCCCCUUCACAAUACAAGGGAUAGUUCCGGAUAUUGUAAUAAACCCUCAUGCAUUUCCUUCACGGCAAACUCCUGGUCAACUGCUAGAGGCUGCUUUGGGAAAGGGGAUUGCCUGUGGUGGUUCAAACAGAUAUGCCACCCCUUUCUCCACUCUCUCAGUUGAUGCUAUAUCAGAUCAGCUUCACAGAGCUGGAUUUUCAAGGUGGGGUAAUGAGAGAGUUUAUAAUGGCCGAACUGGUGAAAUGGUACGUUCGCUCAUAUUUAUGGGGCCAACGUUCUACCAACGACUGAUCCACAUGGCUGAAGAUAAAGUGAAAUUCCGUAAUACUGGACCAGUGCACCCACUCACCCGACAGCCAGUGGCAGAUCGGAAGCGUUUUGGUGGGAUUAAGUUUGGUGAGAUGGAGCGUGACUGCCUUAUAGCCCAUGGUGCAUCAGCCAAUCUGCACGAACGCCUCUUCACCCUCAGCGACUCAUCCCAAAUGCAUAUUUGUCGGAAGUGCAAGAAUAUUGCUAAUGUGAUUCAGCGGACAGUGCCUGGUGGUCGUAAGAUUAGGGGACCCUACUGCAGGUUCUGCGAGUCUGUAGAGGACAUUGUUAAGGUAAAUGUUCCAUAUGGGGCCAAGUUGUUGUGCCAGGAGCUUUUCAGCAUGGGCAUUAGCCUGAAGUUUGAAACUCAAUUGUGUUGAAUUGAAGGGUCUUUCUCUCAGGUUUUUCCUUUUAUGUUUGGUACAACUCUAUUUUCUUAACUCAAUGUGUUGAUAAGCUUAGUUGAAUCCCAUUGAGUAUUGAUAUUGCAUGUUGGUUUUGUCA